UCUGUUCCAAGCCCCACCCACUGCUUUUGCCCUGCGCCAAUUAACGCACUUCUGCGGGUGGGGAAGCUGGCCCCUCCUUACCUGGCAACUGGUCCGCUAGCUCCCGGGCAGAUUUUCCGUUCAGUUCGUCGUGGUCCCCUCACGGCCCUCUAAGCAGUUGCCCCGCGGAAGCAGCCAAGUGUUCCGCCCCCUGGUUGCCAUAACAGCAGUACGCGACGCCUCCUUGCGCCUUUCUCGUCUUUCAAAGCAGUCCUUCCUGGUCGGGGCCAAGACCCUCUCCGGAACCUCAUCUUUAGUCGAGCAGAACCAGGGAGGAGCACUGAGCUUGAUUUGACUCCGGAGCCUUCAGCCAGGAAGAAAGAUGUCAGACGAAGAUGAUCUGGAAGACUUCGAUGCAGACCAGGAUGAUCUGGAAAAGGAAGAGGAUGAGAGGGAGACAGAGGAGUGGGAGGACUACAGGAAGGAGGGAGAAGACCUCCCUGAGGAAUGGUUGCCCACCCCCCUCACGGAGGACAUGAUGAAGGAAGGGCUUUCUUUGCUCUGCAAGACGGGCAAUGGACUGGCUCAUGCUUAUGUCAAGCUGGAGGUUAAAGAGAGGGAUCUAACAGAUAUCUACUUGUUGCGUUCCUACAUCCAUCUGCGCUAUGUGGAUGUUUCUGAGAACCACCUGACGGAUUUGUCCCCACUCAAUUUCCUUACACACCUGCUCUGGCUCAAGGCUGAUGGCAACCAUCUGCGGAGUGUCCGGCUGAAUGAACUGCCCUACCUGCAGGUUGCCAGUUUUGCCUAUAACCAGAUCACUGACACGGAGGGCAUCUCUCACCCUCGUCUGGGCAGCCUGGAUCUCAAAGGUAACCGCAUCCGCAUGGUGACAGGUCUGGACCCCCAAAAGCUGAUCAGCCUGCACACCUUGGAGCUUCGGGGGAACCAGAUAGAAACCACCCUGGGAAUCAACCUUCCUAAACUGAAGAACCUCUUCUUGGCCCAGAACAUGCUGAAGAAGGUGGAGGGCUUGGAGAACCUAAGCAAUCUCACUACCUUGCAUCUUCGAGACAACCAGAUUGAGACUCUGAGUGGCUUCUCCAAGGAAAUGACGUCGUUACAGUAUCUCAACCUGAGGGGCAACAUGGUGACCCACCUGGGAGAGCUGGCCAAGCUUCGGGACCUGCCCAAGCUGCGAGCCUUGGUGCUGUUGGACAACCCGUGUACAGAUGAGAGUGACUAUCGCCAGGAGGCCCUGGUGCAGAUAGCACACCUCGAACGCCUGGAUAAAGAUUUCUACGAGGAGGAGGAGCGGGCUGAGGCUGAUGAGAUCCGUCAGAGGAUGAAGGAGACCCAGGAGCAGGGGGCUGAGCCUGAGCACAGCUUCGAACUGGAGCAGUCUUCCAUGUAGCAGCAGCUCUUUUAGCCUCCAAGAAUAGAGAUCAAAGACACUGGCCCUAAGACCCGAGAAGACUCCCAGUUAGGGGGGCUUCCACGUUCACCCCCCUCAUCCUGAGACAGAGCAUGCCCUCUCUUGCCUCACACCUGGGAAUUCAUCACAGCUUGCUGUCCAGGCUCUGGGUGGGCACCUGGGCAGCGUCCGGGUGGGUCUGAGCCCUGCCUGGAACGUGUGUGUGUGUGUGUGUGUGUGUGUGUGUGAGUGUGUUUGGGUGUGGCAGCCCUCGGGCAGGUAUGGGAAAAUCAGGCCUGGAUGGGCCCAGGGGAUGCUCCUAGAGUUGGCUGCAGAGGAGCUGCGGAGGCGGCUGGGUGUGUUACAACAGUUCGGUUUUCAAAUAAAGAGACAUUUUGAUA